AUGGCGGCCGAGAUCCACUCGCGGCCGCAGAGCAGCCGCCCGGGGCUGCUGAGCAAGAUCGAGGGCCACCAGGACGCCGUCACGGCCGCGCUGCUCAUCCCGCAGGAGGACGGCGUCAUCACGGCCAGCGAGGACAGAACCAUCCGCGUGUGGCUGAAGAGGGACAGCGGGCAGUACUGGCCCAGCAUCUACCACACCAUGGCCUCUCCUUGCUCCGCCAUGGCUUAUCAUCACGAUAGCAGACGGAUAUUUGUGGGCCAGGAUAACGGAGCCGUGAUGGAAUUCCACGUAUCUGAAGACUUCAAUAAGAUGAACUUUAUCAAGACCUACCCAGCGCACCAGAACCGGGUGUCGGCCAUCAUCUUCAGCCUGGCGGCCGAGUGGCUGAUCAGCACGGGCCACGACAAGUGUGUGAGCUGGAUGUGUACGCGCAGUGGGAACAUGCUGGGCCGACACUUCUUCAGUUCCUGGGCCUCGUGUCUGCAAUACGAUCUUGAUACACAGUAUGCCUUUGUCGGGGAUUAUUCAGGACAGAUCACCCUGUUGAAGCUUGAGCAGAACAGCUGUUCGGUGAUCACAACCCUCAAAGGACAUGAAGGGAGUAUCGCCUGCCUCUGGUGGGACCCCCUGCAGCGGUUACUCUUCUCGGGUGCGUCCGACAACAGCAUCAUCAUGUGGGACAUCGGAGGCCGGAAGGGCCGCACGCUUCUGCUCCAGGGCCAUCAUGACCGGGUGCAGGCGCUGUGCUACCUGCAGCUCACCCGGCAGCUGGUGUCCUGCUCCUCAGACGGGGGCAUCGCCGUGUGGAACAUGGACGUGAGCAGAGAGGAGGCUCCUCAGUGGUUGGAAAGCGAUUCCUGUCAGAAGUGUGAGCAGCCCUUUUUCUGGAACAUAAAGCAAAUGUGGGACACAAAGACGCUGGGAUUAAGGCAGCACCACUGCAGGAAGUGCGGGCAGGCCGUGUGCGGCAAGUGCAGCAGCAAACGCUCCACCUACCCCGUCAUGGGCUUCGAGCUCCAGGUCCGCAUGUGCGACUCCUGCUACGCCUCCAUCAAGGACGAGGACCGGACUUCGCUGGCCACCUUCCAUGAAGGCAAACACAACAUCUCCCACAUGUCCAUGGACGCGGCCAGGGGCCUGAUGGUGACCUGCGGGACCGACCGGGUGGUGAAGAUCUGGGACAUGACGCCCGUGGUGGGCUGCAGCCUGGCCACCGGCUUCUCUCCGCACUGACCCGGCCACCGGCGGAGUCGCGCAUCCCCACCAGCGCCACCGCCCAGCGCCCCC